CCCCCUCUGUGCCGUAUUGUACUUGUUGUAAACCCAUUUUCUGCCUGAGUUCAGACACGUCGAGCACACAAAGGCGACGUGAACGUGUCAGCAGCGCUCCCUAGCUGCCUCCGCGUGCGCUCCCCCCCCCCCUUGCUUUUCAUAGAAAAACACUUUCGGGAAGGAUAAAGUUUUUUUUUUUUUCUUCUACCCUGCCGGACCUGCCCCUCAGCCAGUCGUCAGCCAGAGCCAAACCGUGGCCUAGCAGGAGGAACGGCCCGACUAUGUGGAGACAGAAGCGGGCUCUUGGGAAACCCUUGGCUUGUCUCGUGUUCCUUGUGACGUUCGUCGAUGCUUAUCGAUUCCUGAGCCAGAGCAAAGCCACCCAGUUUCUGAGCAGACACCGGAGAGCCAACUCUCUCUUUGAGGAGAGCAAGAAGGGCAACCUGGAGAGGGAGUGCAUCGAGGAGCUGUGCAACAAGGAGGAGGCCAGAGAGAUCUUUGAGAACCAGCCGGAGACGGAGUACUUCUACCCUAAAUAUGUUGCGUGUUUGGGUUCCUAUCGUGUCGGCAUCAACAACCAGUACUCGGAUCCAGACGCCAUCCCAACAGACCUCCGCACCUGUGUGAAAGAGAUCAGUAACCAGUGCACGCCGUUCCCGUGCUACAAGGAGGGCUCGGACAGAUGCGUGGAUGGGCAGGCCUCCUUCACGUGUGUGUGUAAGCCUGGCUGGAAGGGGCUGCGCUGUGAGGACGACAUCGACGAGUGCUCGGAUCCUGAACAUCAGGCGGGAUGCGACCAAAUAUGUCUCAACAUCCCCGGAAAUUUCCACUGCAAGUGUGAAGAGGGCUACCUGCCCCGUGGCAAAACCGACUGCGUCGAUAUAAAUGAGUGCAUUUUGUACCCCAGUAUAUGUGAGGAACCAGCUAAAUGUGUCAACACGCCAGGCAUGUACGAGUGCCAGUGUCCCGUGGGUUUUAAAUACAACUUCAGCUCUAAGACCUGUAACGAUGUGGACGAGUGUGAGCUGAAUGUGUGUCACGAGACGUGUAUAAACACACUGGGGAGCUAUACAUGCCACUGUGAUGGUCGGGAGGGUUUACGACUGGCAGCGGACGACCGAUACUGUGAGAGAAUCCCCGUCUGUGUGGACCUGUAUGACUAUAAACACCCGGAAAUGCUUUACCUGGGGGAACAGUUUGCCGGCCUGCCUGUCAUCUACCUGCGCUUCCGCCUGCCAGAGAACACCAAGUUCGCAGCCGAGUUUGACUUCCGGACCUUUGACCCGGAGGGAGUGGUUCUUUAUGCAGAGUCUUCCCAGGACUCCUGGUUUAUGCUGGGGCUAAGAGCCGGCCGUAUCGAGGUCCAGUUCAAAAACCAGCACACGUUCAAGGUUACCAGCGGAGGAAAAGCCAUCAAUGAUGGACAGUGGCAUGUGAUCUCUGUUGACGAGCUGGAGAGCAGCAUCAGCGUGAAGAUCAGCAAAGAGGCCGUGAUGAGCAUCAACAGUCCAGAUAGUCUUUUCACAUCUGUGAACGGCAAACUGGAGACCAAGGUCUACAUCGCUGGUCUCCCGAACCGCACGGACAACGUCAUCAAGCCCAUCAAUCCUCGGCUGGAUGGCUGCAUCCGGGGCUGGAACUUGAUGAACCAGGGGGCAUCCGGCGUGAAAGAGGUCAUCCAGGAGAAGCAGAGCAAGCACUGCUUUGUGUAUGUGGAACGCGGAUCGUUCUUCUCUGGGACAGGACUGGCACACUUCGGCAUAGACUACAGUUCUUCCGGGGGCUGGAAUGUGGACGUUAAAUUGAACAUACGUCCGUCCAGCAGCACGGGCGUCCUCUUUGCUCUUGUCCACAACAGCACGGUCCCCCUGUCAGUCGCCGUGGUAACAAAGGGAGAAGAUGCCAACUUACAAGUCUUUUUGGAUGGUGUCUCCGUGGCAACACUGGACUCGCUGAUGUUGUGUUACCCUGAGCGCCUGACGGUGCAGCUGAACGUGACCGCAACAGAAAUCCAGAUCCUGGCAAACUCCUCCACUGUUAGCUAUAUGAAGUCAGACGCCCUGCAGGAGGCACUGGAGCGCCUUAACACCACCAUGCAGAACCCCGUCAGCACAUAUAUCGGUGGGAUACCAGAUGACAUCCCGCUGCCUGCCACCCCUGUGUCGGCCUUUUACCACGGCUGCAUGGACAUCUCGGUCAACGGCCAGCAGCUGGAUUUCGACGAGGCUCUCAGCAAACAUAACAGCAUUAAAGUGUGGAGCGGUAGCGGUAGCAGCGAGGUCGCGCAGUCUCUCUCUUCCUCGGUGGGCUGUCCCGGUGCUCGGGCUGAGGUGGACGUAGUAGAAAUAAAAGUGCAUACAAAAAGAAAUGGGGACGAGCUGAGCCGCGGGGACGAGAAGCGUACACCUCAACGGCUAACGGUCGGAGCUGCUUACCUGAGAAACCUGCAGUGGCUCGCGCCGACGUUAGCGCGGACGCCCGGAGACAGAGACGGGGCUGAGGGGGGGGGACGACCGUUAACACGGAGCAGCAGAAAAGUUUCUCCAGCCCAGCGCCACCGUAGCGGUCAAACAAUGCGGCUGACCCCGUCAAAGUCGCUCCCAUCGACUGCCCUGCUAAUCCUGCUGGCUGUCCGCUGGUCCGACAGCAUUGUAAUGUCACCUCAAGAGGCGAACCAGUUUCUGAGCAGACACAGGAGGGCGAAUCAAGUUUUCGAGGAGACGAAGCAAGGGCAUUUGGAGAGGGAGUGUGUGGAGGAGAAGUGCAGCAAGGAGGAGGCCAGAGAAGUGUUUGAAAACGACCCCGAAACGGAAUACUUCUAUCCCAAGUAUUUAGCUUGUGUGGAGAAGUUUGGAAAUUCUGAAAAGAAAAAGCAGGAUCUAAUUACAUGUGUCCAUAAUAUUCCAGACCAAUGCUCUCCUUCUCCCUGCAAUGCCAGAGGAACGGUGCGCUGCGAGGACAAAAAGGGUGACUUUCUCUGCCACUGUUUUACCGGCUGGACAGGAGCCAGAUGUGAGAAAGAUGUCGAUGAGUGCACCAAGAGAAACGGAGGCUGUGACCAUGAGUGCAACAACACUAUGGGUAGUUACCGUUGCUCCUGUGACCAAGGCUAUUUGCUGGCCGGACGCCACAUGUGUAUUGACAUCAACGAGUGUGAAGACGCAGGUGUUUGUGGGACUGCACGUUGUGAAAAUAAGGAGGGAGGCUAUGAUUGCUUGUGUGAUAUCGGCUACGUCUACGACAAUGAAAGCAAAAGCUGUGUCGAUGUGGACGAAUGUGAGGCUGGUGUGUGUGCGGAGGAGUGUUUGAACACCCCGGGGAGUUUCCAUUGCUUCUGUGAUGGUCGUCGGGGCAUGAAGCUUGGGCAGGACCUGAGGAGCUGUAAGCCUAUAACUCCCUGCAUGUCACCGUCCCUGAAGAGGAACCCGCGUUCCCUUUACCUGGGCCGGAUGUUCAGCGGCGUCCCGGUGGUGCGGCUGCGCUUUCGCCGCAGGGUUCACACGGGCUUUUCAGCAGAGUUCGACUUCCGCUCCUACGAUCGCGAGGGAGUGAUCUUCUUCGCCGGAGGGCACCUGAACAGCUCCUGGAUCGUGCUGGCAAUGCACCAUGGGAAGCUGGAGCUACAGCUGAAGUACGGCGCCGUCAGCAGAGUGACCAGCAGCGGACCCACCGUAAACGACGGCCAGUGGAGAAAGAUCUCGGUGGAGGAGCAGGGCCGGAGUCUUGUUAUUAAGAUCGACAGGGAGGCCGUCAUGAAGAUCGCCGUGAACGGCGACCUGUUCACACUCAACAAAGGCAUGCACGAGCUCAACCUCACCGUGGGAGGAGUCCCUUUCAAGGAGGACGGUCUGGUUAAUAAGGUGAACCCACGUCUUGACGGCUGCAUGAAGGAUUGGCGCUGGCUGACAGGAGAAGACACUUCAAUACAAGAAACUAUUCGGUCCAACGACAACAUGCAGUGUUUCAGCUCCGAUGCUCCUGGAGCAUAUUACCCCGGCACAGGCUUUGCUCUCUUCAACAUCAGCUAUGAAUCACAGAACCUGAGCGUUCAGCUGACGCUGCGUCCAGUUUCCUCCAUCGGAGUGCUGUUUGCACUCGUUCACCAGGACAGAGUUCCCCUCUCCAUCGCCCUGGCUGACUAUAAUCCUCUAACUGACGAGUGGCAAGAUUUUAUUUUGGUGUCUGUAGGCGGCGUUGUCAUUGCCAGCUCUCCUGCGCCCUUGUGUGACGGUGAAAGUCACGAUAUAACGGUGACAGUGUGGGGAAACCAGACCGUCUUGCUGGUCGAUGGGCAGUCCGGACGAAGUGAAGACGCCGAAAUUCCCUCUGACCUCUUUUCACAUUCCAGCACCUUUAUAGGAGGCCUGCCAGACGUUCCCCUGGUGUCCACGCUCGUGUCAGCACCCUACAGCGGGUGUAUGGAGGUCAGCGUGAACGGACAGACUCUGGACCUGGACAAGGCCAUCCACAAACACAACGACAUCCGCUCCCACUCCUGCCCCCUGCUGGACUCUCAUCAGUGACGAGCACUGGAGGCAGCGAGAACCAAUCCACAAGUAGUUCUUUGAUGGAAUGUCCAGUAAAAUUCUAAAAGGUCAGAUAAUUAGGGGGAUGGUUUAGAUUGGAACAUAAUUAAGAAUUCAACAGAUAAAGUGAAGCAGCUGAAGCCAGAGCCCAUGAGCCCUCAGCUCAGCUCCCCCUUCCCCAACAACACUGUGAUGACAGUGCUGCCUAGGAGGCAAAUUGCAGGGAUUUUCACAGUUUUUUCAGUAUUAUGACUUGAUUAGUCAGUUACUUAGCAAAUGAGUGACAAAUCCCCUGAAAAAAUAUGAAAAUACAUGCUGCAUAACACUUAAACCCCGAAACUGCCCAUACGUCACAGCUUUAUUAGCCCCUUAAGAAAGUGGAGGGUAUUUUUUCUGAUCAGUGUUAAAUCGUUGGUCCUGGGUUCGGAAACGAUGCCUAGCAGCAUGUGUUAGGAUUCAGAUUUUAGCUGUAACUCUGUGAGCUGUGACUACUCCGUGAUCAUGUUGCUAACAUCCAGUUCACCUCGCGUCAACAUAGAGCUCGAAUCAUGCGAACACAAACGCUGAGAAAAUUGGAACAAAUGCAGGAAAAUGAGCUACCCUACGGGAAAAAAAUGUGUCAACAAGCCCCAACAGGUGCUAAGCGCAUAAUGACCUGGAGGUAAGACGGUGGACUUGAAUCGUAUUUGCCCUUAAAAUGCCAAACACGGAGGCGUGGUAUGAGGCACAACUUUGUGUUUUGCAACAACCUUGCACAUGGUUGCAGGUGUAAAUGGACUGCCGUUUAAAGCCAUUUUCUUGAUCUCCGAAUAAGAAGAGCAUUUCAUUUCUGCCUGCAACCUUAAAAAUCAACCAUGUGCCUACAAGAGAACAACAAACCCAAAAACCAUCCUAACAGACGAACCGUCUCGCAAAGGUGCAGUACUGUGACAACCCAACAAACAAAACCCAUCAUGCCUCCCGGUGAAGUGUUGUAGUCUGACUUAAACUGGCUCAUUCUCAACCUUUAAUCACAGACUUUGUCACAAGACCCCCAUCGAUCCCUCAGACUCACCCCUCACUGUUAAAAGCCUGCCAGAUACCAACCUUUAGGACAGCAGAUUUACCACAGAAGCACAGGGAGACAGGAGGGGGCCCCCACCAUGAGGGGAGACAAAGCACUGCAUUAAUCGCACCACACGAGCUACUGAGAAUAAGAAGAGCGCUGUAAUAUACUGAGUAUGUAAAUAAUGUGACUGUACAAUGCUUUAUAAAGGACGAAAAGAAAACACUACCUUAUGUUCCCUGAGGUCUUCUGCACAGUUUAAGAUGAUCCAGAGUUAAAAGAAAAACACGUGUCUCUCAGCCUCUGCUUCUUUCCAAAGUGUCGGUGCGAAAUCAGUUCUCGUCAUCUUGAAACAGGAAUUGAGAGACUGGGAAAGCAAUAGCAAGGGAUCCAAAUAGUAUCAAUCUUUAGGAUUUUGUUGUAAUUUAUCGGUGCUGAAAAAAUCAAAACACAAUAAAAAAAAACACAAAGAAUGUCGGAGGAGCAUUUUGACUGAGAAUGCCAAAAGGGCUCCAGUAUUAUUUUACUCCCCUCUGUAAUGCAUUAUUUUAUAGUUCUCUGAUGAAUGAAUGCUAGAGUAUAGUGCUUGACCUUUUUUGUUUUGUUUUUUAUCAUAUGUGUUGUAUCUUGAACUUUUCUUGUUUUUAAUUUUUUUCACUUAAAACUGCCAGUAUGUGUAAAAUGCUGAGAGAAGUCUGCCUUUUGUGUUUUAACUUCCCUCAACAGUGAAAAUCCUAUUUAAAAAUAAAGCAGCUGUAUGAACAUCAUAGAGUAAAACUCUAUUUUCCACAAAAAAAGGGCUUUUGCUCGUUGUUUGUUUCUGUUAAAGCUGGACUUAUUUUUUUUAUUUAUCAGGUACACCAUCAAUCAAACAGUACAGCAUAACGUCUAAUGGAAGCUUUUAAAAGAUCAAAGAUCAUAUUUAUGUAAAGUUACUGCCAAUAACUUGUUUUUCGAGCCUAUUGACAUUCAGAAAGGCAGAUUGAGCUCUCCAAUAAAGCGAACCAUGCCCUCGUUUUCAGACUAGCUCUGAUGUGAUCAUUGAACUCUGAGAAAAA